UUAGUUUUGUCGCUGUGAUGAAAUUGCUAUAUAUAGUCGUACAUUUCAGGAAAUUAUCGGUGAUUGUGUGUUAAAUUAUGAUUUAAUUGCAUAUAUUCUGAUUGCAGGUUCUUGCUUCAUUGAGGCUGCAUUAGCUUUUGACAGAUCUUCUACACACUGAAAAUGGAGCUAACUAAUUUGGAAACAGCCGUGGCUUACAUGUUCAGCGUCUUCAUGUCGAAACAAGGAGAUAAUGGAAAAAUGGACAAAUGGGACUUUAUAGAGGUGCUGAAUAAGGAGCUGCCUUCAUUCACCAAGGGAAAAUGUGAAGAUGACGUCUUCCAUUCUGUGGACCUGGAUGAGGAUGGACAUGUGGAUUUCAAAGAGUUUGCCUUACUGGUUGCCAGUUAUGCUUCCGAACACGCUGACAUCCUCCAGGCUAUCGUUGCUGUUUAUAAAUCACACUGAACAUGUAAAACACUACUGGUGGAAAAUAAUCCAUUAUCAUCUGACCGAAAUGUGGUUUCACCUAUAAUAAAACAGUUCUGAUCUGG